AUGAUAAUCCUUGUGAAAUAUAAAAUAAAGAUCUAUUCUAAUAAAUAUGCCAAUUACUAAAAAUAGAUUAAAAAAGCUCUCUAAAACGGUUUAACAAAUAAACUAAGAAUAAUAAAUAAACAAGAAUACCUAAGUCCUUUAAAUCUUUAAGAAUGUAUAAAUAUAAAAGAUACAUUAUCAAAGUAUUUAUACGAGAAAUUAUUUAAUUGGAUAGUUUAAAAAUUAAACGAGAAUAUAACCCCAACAAAUUAACAAAACGAUAAAUCUUUGGAAGGAGAAAUUGGUCUUUUAGAUAUUUACGGUUUCGAAGUUUUCAAAGAAAACGGUUUCGAAUAGUUUUUUAUUAAUUACACAAACGAGAAACUAUAAUAAUUAUAUAUAUAAUAUGUUUUUAAGUAAGAAGAAUAAAUAUUUAUUAAUGAAGGAUUAAAAGAAUUCAUAUAAUAUUUAAAUUUCACUGAUAAUAAACCAAUUAUUAAUUUACUUGAUUAACCUCCAAAUGGUAUUUUUAAUAUUUUAGAUGAUAUUUGUUAAACGAAAGGUAAUAAUGAAAAAUUUCUAAAUAAAAUAAGGCAAGCAAAUAAAAAUAAUAAACAUUUUAUAACUCCCAAAAUGGCAAGUAAACAUACUUUUACAAUUGUUCAUUCUUCUAAAGGCGUUGAAUAUACAGUAAAUAACUUUACGGAAAAAAAACAAGAUAGUCUAUAAAAUUUAGUUGUUAAUACUUUAGCUCAUUCAACAGAUGCUUUAUUUAAAAUUAUUUUCUAAAUAACUUAGGACGAUUUCUAAUAACAAUAAUAAAAAGGCAAGUCUCUAGGAAGUAAAUUCAGAAAUGAAAUACAAAUACUCAUAAAUUAACUUAUGGUAUGUGAAUGUCAUUUUAUUAGAUGUAUUAAACCUAAUGAUGAGAAAAAAAAAGACCUUUUUAAAACUACUUAUUUAUUAGAUUAAGUUAGAUCUCUGGGAGUAUUAGAAUCUAUUAAAAUUGGAAAAUAAUCAUUUCCAAUAAGAAAAUCUUAUUAAUAAUUUUAUCGUAGAUAUGCUUUUGCUGCUAAAGAUUUUAGGUCUUGGUAAUAAAUGUAAGAAUAAAAUGUUGAUUUUUAUGCACUUUCUAAAGAAUUGUUUUAGAAUAUUUUCAAAGGAACAAAUUAAUCAGGGGAUAUUUUACUUGGAAAAGGAAAAAUUUUUAUGCAAAAUAAAGGACUUCUUGAACUCGAAAAAAUUUAUGAAGAAAAACUUAUAAAUUUAAAUAAAAUUGCUAGAAAAUUUUAAUAGGCUUUUAUAGGUUUUUAUUUAUUUAUUAAGUUAUUUUAUAGAUUAAAAACUAAAAAUAGACAUAAAUAAUUAAAAGAUUGA